UGGUAAUUUCUUUGGUUUUUCAUUACACAGAUGGUGAAGACAAGUUUUAUACGAGUUCAAGUAUCAAUGACUUGAUAUUUCAAGGUUUAGAGUAAAAAAUCUUAACAAAAACAAUGACUUGAAACACAGUGUGAAACGUUCUUUGCUUGGUAAAGAUGGCAGAGUCGGAGUCCUACCACAGUCCAAGUAAAGGGAACGGUGCUGGUUGCAGUAAUGAGGUGUACCGGGUGGAGGAGAGACCGGAACACGGCAUGCGAAUAUUGCACGCUCUUAACAAACUGAAAACGGAUAAGAUACUCUGUGAUGUCACACUUAUUGCUGAAAGUAAAAAGUUUGAGGCACACAGAGUUAUCCUGGUAUCGGCCUCGGAUUAUUUUAGAUCCAUGUUUACAUCCGGUAUGAGAGAGAGUCACCAGCGUGAGAUAGAGUUGAAAGGCAUUACAAGCAAGGGCCUUGAAAAGGUCCUUGAAAUCAUCUACACAUCAACUACGACACUAGAGGGUGAUGAUAUAUUUGACGUCAUUGCCGCGGCAACACACCUCCAAGUGACACCUGUGAUAGAAUUUUGUGAGAGAAACUUUUUAAGUGGGAUGACAACCACUAAUUUCUAUGACUUCAUCAAUACAGCUAAGUUGUAUAGUAUGAACAAUGCUCUUAAACAAAUUGAUGUAUUUAUUGCUAAAAACCUGAUGCAGAUAUCGAAAGACGGAACCCUUUCACUUUUGACUUACGAUCAAAUGAUAAACUGUUUGAAGAAUGAUAAACUAUGUAUUCGUGAGAUAGACAUUUUCAAAAUUACCUGGGACUGGCUUAAACAAGAUGUGUUUCGUGAAGAGCAUGGCGUGUUUCUUAUGAAACUUAUCAGAUUCCCGCUGAUUAACCCUCGAGAUCUCGUGCAGCAAGUCCAGCAAGUAGAGGCGAUGAUGACGCUACCAGAGUUACGGGAAAUGGUGCUGUCAGCCCUGAAUUAUCAUGUUGUGCCCCAUUCACAACCUUUGUUAAAUAAUCUCUCCACGCAGUUACGUUCCUUCACUGUAAGGUUGAUCAGUGUAGGAGGUAGGGAAAUUCACCCAAAUCCUUGCCUACAUGAUGAGAUUCUAGUAUUUGACAGUAAAAUUACAGCAAAUAGUUUAUUAAAUAGAAGUGAAGUAGCGACUUUACCAAGUGCUUUAAGUCAUAUGCAAGUAGUAGUAUUUAACAAUUUCCUCUAUGUGCUAGGCGGUUGUACCACACAGUGUGCACAUGGAGAAUCUGCUGUUAACUCAGUGCUACGUUACGAUCCAAGGUUUGAUGCCUGGUUUCAGGUUGCCUCAAUGAUGAAUAAAAGAGCGUAUUUCUUUGCUGGUGUGUUGAACAAUAAAAUAUAUGCUGUGGGUGGAAAGUUUAAAGAUGGUAGCUUAGCUACGGCUGAAGUGUACGAUCCAGCAGAAAAUACAUGGGAUCAUAUUGCAAAUAUGCCGAUGUCUUAUCACGCGCAUGCAGGAGCCGUAUAUGCUGGUCACAUAUUUGUCUCCGGAGGGUAUAGCAAUAAUCAUUUCACGCCAGACAUGCAGCGCUAUGAUCCCGACACAAACCAAUGGGAGGAUAUGGCACCAAUGCUGACCCCUAGGGGCUGGCAUGUUAUGUGCACGGCACAGGAUAAGUUGUUCGUAUUCGGGGGAUGCAAUCUGAAUGUAAAUCAGCAGGCACAGCCUGUUGUGCAGUCGGAAUGCUACGAUCCGGAGGCUGAUCAGUGGACAAUCAUAGCACCAUUGUCGAUAUCGCACAAAGAGGCAUCGUGUGUUGUAUACAAUGAUCAAAUUUAUGUGCUUGGUGGAUAUAACGUUCAAACCAAAACGGGGCAGAAAUUGGUGUCCCGGUACGAUGUGUAUAGUGGUAUAUGGGAGACUAUAGGUGGACUACCACGUAGUUUGACUGGAGUAGGAUACUGUACACUACAACUACCAACCUUUAACCUUGAUGAUGAUGAUUAGACUUUACAUGUUUCUAUUAGAAUAACCCUUUUAAUGAAUUCUACGCCUAGCAUUUAUCAAUACUUCUCAAGUUUGAAGUUGCUGGCUUUUACUGAAGAGUUUACUGUACCAGUAAAUUUCAUUAAAAAUCUGCGUUAAGAUAUAUAGUUUGAAAUAGUUUAAUAUCUUAAAACACAACUGGCAUUAUUAUGGAAAUCAGUAGAUGUUCUUUAUCCAUUACUGUUGUUAGUGUUUUAUAUCUAAAAUUUAGAUAUACUAUAUUUCUUUAAUGUUAUAGAAAUUAUGUAUUAGUAACAGUGAAAUACAUGUACUGUGGCUUUUACAAUGUCUGGAUUUCAUGUAAAUACUUACAUGUAUAGAUAUAUAAUGACCAAACCGUGAAGCGUUAAUGACGAUUUGCUUAUACAGGUACAUAUACAUGAAUGACAGGCUAUUGUGAAUUCCAUGGUCACCCGCAUUUUAGAAAGAUUCAAACUUUUGUGAAUUAGAUUUUUUAUCUGAUAUAAAGUACUUUAGGGACUAUAUUUUGUAACAUUAUGCUUAGUAUACCUUGUUUUGAUAAGGUGAAAAUUCAAGUGCUAUAUUAGCAUAAAUAAUAUACAAAUUCACCAUAGUUCUAAGUAGAAAUUAAAGUUCCAGUUACACACUUUGGCUUAACUAUUUCACUGAAAUGCAGCUUGAUUUCAGACUAAGUACUAUUAAUGAAUGUUUCUCAUGCUUUUUGCUUGUAGGCUUCAGUAUUUAAUGAGUCAGGCUGGAGAUGAAAGCGAUGUUGUUUUACAUAGAUUUAUAAAUAAAAAGAAAAAUGAGCCGCGUCACGACAAAACCAACGUAAUGCAUUUGCGAUCAGCAUGGAUCCAAACCAGCCUGUGCAUCCGCG